AUGUCAACUGCAAGAGUUGGCGGCCAAUCCAAACUUAAAAGUAAGCUUCAGCACUUUGCUCAAACUGGUAAAGUACUAGAUGAACUCCCUGGCGGUAACACCAAUAAGCAUUUCAAUAAUAACAAACCACAGCCUUAUACUCCUCGGAAACUACUAGUGCUAUUGCAAACGCGGUAUGAGGAUAAGAUAGAUUUGAAAGAUGUUACUGUGGAAGAUCUAAGCCCUACACUGACUAGAUCAUUUGAGAUCUUUAAGAAGCUUCUCGAAGUGAGAAAGAUCACAGGCAAGCCUAUUGAUAAACGACUUUUAUUGGCAUUAUUGGGGAGCAGUGAAGAUCAAAUAAAGGAUUCUUUCCUUGUAACGGACGAAGUACAAAAGUUCUUAAAUAGAGAUGAUACCAUUAUCAGGGCUCAAGAAUUAGCAAGAUUAGCAGGGGAUAAUGGGGUUAUGGCAAUGAAUGAGAUCAUGCAAUGGCAUUUCCAAAAGGGGGAUUAUAAAGCAGCUUUAAAGUGUUUUAAUAAUAGAAAGAAAUGGGGGAUCCCAUCUUCAACUCAUACUUAUGUUCGAUUAUUUGAUGGUCUUUCUAAGUCAUUUGAAUGGGGUGAAGCACCAAGAGAUGUGGUCCAUAAUGCUAUAGAGAUUUUCCAACAAUUACGUAUAAAACAUGCUAAAACCAUUAAAGGCUUAACCAAAUCACAAGUCCUGGAAUUGAAAGAAGGAUUGGAAUUGGAAGUCCCCACCAUUGAACAAUUUAAUGCUGCUUUAAGUUUAGCAGUUAAAAACUAUGAUAAUGAUCAAGACAUUGCAUGGUCACUUUUUGAUAUCCUUCUACCCGAACCUAAAACAGGUUUGAAAUUAAUGAAACCCAUGGGUGAUUCCUAUACCAUCUUGUUACAAGGUGUUAGACAUCGUUGUGUUCAAGAAGCUGAGAAGGUUCAACGUGAUCCAACACUUGGUGAUAAUGAAAAAUAUUUCCAGCUAUUGGUCAUCCAAAAGAAGUUAACUGAUACUGCAGAGUCUAUUUUAAACAGAGCUCUUGAGGCUGCCACUCCCCCCAAGCCUCCAACUAAAUCAGAAGCUGAACGAUUUCCUGAAAAGUUGGAUAAAUAUAUGAAGAACAUGCACAAUAUGCUUCUCGAUAUAGAUAAGAAGUUUGCUCGAGUGUUUGUUUCUUGUUUUAUCAAUAAACAACUAGGAACGGGUCAAGAUUAUAAGUCUUGUCACUAUUCAUAUGUGUAUCGGGGUAUGAAGUAUUUGGAGUAUUGGUCACCAGAAGUUGGUGAUUUAUAUGAUACCUUAGAAGGGUCCGAUAGUACUAAAUAUUUGAUACCUAAAGCUGAGGUUAAGAAUAUCAUCGACAAAAAGGUAUCACAAGUUUGUAAUGAGUUUGGUGUGAAGGAAAAAGAUUUACUUCCAAUUGGAGAGAUUUUAGAAUCCAAGGUGAAUCCAGUAGUCCAGUUUCCUCCACCAUUUGGACCCAAAUCUGUACCAGCAGUGUUUGAGGUUCGAAGAAGACCAGUGGUCGAUUUUGCUCGCCCUACUAAUAAGGAAUCUCGAUUGUAUUAUUUGCAUCAAAGAUAUGUGGAUACCAAUGGGAAAUACGGGAAACAGUUACCCAGUAACAGUUACAUUUUGAAACUGGGCUUAAAAAAGAAGAAGCCUCUUAGUCCGUUCUUACUUCAAUUGGUUUUUGAAGGUUUCUACCAGCUUGGAAGAUACCAAGACCUCAAGUAUAUAUUUUGGCAAGCAAUCCAUACAUAUGGCGGGAUCAGGGUUCGAACCGGGUUGCGGAAAAAGAUCAAUGCCGAUACCAAUGUGAUUCCUAAAAGAUACAACUACUAUCAACAUCCUAAAAGAUUACUUAAGGAUUUCGAUAAGGAUAGAAGGAAUAGAAAUUGGGAUGGCCGGGCAAUUGAUGAAGCGCUUCUUGACGACAUGCUUUUCAAGUUCUCGAGCAUCAAAGGUGACGGUACGACUUCAUACCAAUCUAUAAUUGAUUUCUGUACUUAUGUCACUAUGACAGAAAGAUUGGACAUUGACUACUUCCAAGACCAUAUUUUGUCGGCAAUUAUGAGUGAAUUGAAUUACUGGUGUGAGUACCAUCGUCUUCAAGACAAAGAUAAUAAGGAUAAUGAUAGCAUUGAGGAACAAGAUGCAUUACCAUGCAGUAGAAUAUGGAAGAUUAUGGAUGGGUUUGACUUGAUAAUGAACUGUUUCUAUGCAAACUACAAUUUAAGUGUCGGGAAUCGGAAAUUCUAUAACAUUGAGAACCCUAACUUGACAAAAUUUGUCGACAAGUUUCUUGCCCGACUUUACAAUGUUAAAGUCUUGAAAGCCGGUCCUGAAGAAUUGCUCAAGACUCAUAAAUGGUUUCUUAAAUGUGGUAUAAUGUUCUACAAGCCUAAAGAACUUUGUCUGGAAGAGGAAAGCGAGUAUUUUAAUCAGACAAUAGAACCUUCCAUUGCAUAUGUGACUGACUUCUAUAAAGAUACGCAAAAGAAGCAGCAAGGCUUUAAAUUAUGCAAUGGAAUCAAGGCACUUUCCACAGUUACACCAGCACAAUACGCCAAAUGGAAGACAAAGAAAGACCCUUCAGAAAAGGAGUGGUAUAUGAGACAGAAAUAUCUUUAUUUAAAGUUGAAGCUUGGAACAGGUCGGUAG